GGACAACGAAAACGAAAGAUGCACGUGAGCUUUGUCGUCGGACGAGUCUGCUUACUCUUUCUUGUCACAAAGCCUGUAAGUUUGCAUAGAGGGUGAAGCUCGGCAAAGAGAAUGGGUUUCUUGUGUGCCUCUUGUCAAUGCACACGUGUUCGUGCAGACGCACGUGUAGGCUCGUACCCACCAUACUAGGACCGCCACACCCUUCACGGAAAACCUAAUGGGAAAGAAACGACUCAAACAGCAGCGGAAAAGAGGUACUCCGGCAAUAAAAUCGGGACUGGUCUACCAUGGCUUGUACAAUCAAGGAGCCACCUGCUAUCUGAACAGCGUUCUGCAAGUCCUCUUCAUGACCAACGAAAUUGAAGGAAGGUUUGACUGCAACAUUCAGGCAGAUCUGCAGCUAAAGAAAACGUCUGAAGAUUUGAAAAGCGGAGUCUGUCACACAACAAAUAUAACGUCAACCCUCGGGAUUCAGAAUGUUUAUGAACAGUGUGAUGCAGCUGAGUGUCUGGAGAAGAUACUGCAUGUGGUCAGUCCUGCAGUUUCUGAAAUCUUCCAAGGACAGCUGAGAUACAGAACCAAGUGCUCCGAGGAACAUGAUGUGAUUGAAGAAAAGAGUUCCUUUUUCAUCCUCCCAUUGUCCAUACAUGCUACCCGCGGUCAGUCCUACAGCGUGAAAAGGGGCUUUGAAAUGCUGUUCCAUCCUGCAACAUUCAGUGGAGAAAAUAAUGUGUACUGCAACGCAUGUGAAAGAAAAACAGAGGCAACUACGGAAUGUCAUAUGGACAAAUACCCUCAGAUUUUGAUUAUGCUCCUCAAGAGGGUUGACAUCAACUACAGCAGAAUGUCAGCAGUUAAAACUGACUGCUUUGUGGCUGUGCCGAGCAGUUUACAGAGAGAGAAGGUGAGCUACGAACUCUAUGGAAUAGUGGAUCACUCUGGUAGCGUAAGUGGUGGCCAUUAUACGGCAACAAUCCAGUCCAGUGAGGACAAAAUGUGGUACGUGUUUGACGAUUCACACAUUUACAAGGCCAAAAGGCAACCAUUUGUGAAAGAAGGGACAUACAUGUCGCGUGAUGCGUAUCUGCUCAUGUACAGAAAAGUACCAGGGUCUCAGAUGCCUUUAUCCGGUGACACCAGUCCACAGUGGCCUCUCCCAGGGGCCAAGGGCGGCGAGGCCUGGAGCGCCACCUUGGACCAAGUGAAGGGAGAUGAGGUUGAACACGGCAGAAACGCAGAAAGAAAUGAUGACGGUGAUGACAGACAGAUGGAAAAGUACGGCCAGGCCAGGGAACAGGGGAGACGAUGGCCCGAUGGGGAAAAUGAAGAUGAGGAAAGGGGUGGUACCUCAAAGACAAGGCCUGAAGGGCAGUUUUCAACACGACGCCUUUGCUGUUGGUUUCGCAUCUAUGGCCGCCGAGCUACGGCCUUUGCUCUUUGCUGUGUUGUAAUACCUCUGUUGUAUAGGUGCAAAAAGUAAUGAAAAUUCCUGCUCAGCUAUAGGAAAAACACUCUGCAUAGAGGCCAGACCACCUUUGGGCCUUGUGAAAUGGGCUAAAAGGAAAACGUUUUGCGUUGUUCGACUGUGUUGCAGUCAGAUACUACACCUCAACACGUCUGCAGAGAUUCAGGGAUUCAAAAUAAACUUUCUCUGGAGCCCGUCUGCUCCGUACCACAACACGG